AUGGCCGACCACUUGAUUGGAAUACCACACGGCGAAUCUUGUCUGGCACCGCUGGGCUUCAGCGAUGAACAGAAACCGUGCCAGCCAGAUGGGGAAUUCCGUCUCAAUGUCAUAAUUGGAGCUGCUGCGUUUAACUUGUUGGCACCUAGUGGUUUCUUUCAGAUCACGCUUGGCUGGGGUCGAUUCAGCUUUGGCACUGCGAAGCUCGUUGAUGUUGUUUGGGACUUGGUUGUUGGUCGAGGGGGCCAAACAGUCAUGGCUUUUGUAUCAUGGCGAGUGUUUGUCCAAUAUCUCCAACUCUCACUCGUUACGAAGCCGGCGUCUUACAGCACAGUGUGGCUUAUCAAAAUUCAACAAGAUAACUCUGCUCUCGCAACAUGGAAACUUGUUUCGGGAUUCUUCAAGGUUGGCCUCGCAUCCAAAAAGGUCAUGUGCUUCAUGAUCUGGACUGCAUUAUUCAUUCUUGGUUUUCCGACCUUCGCCAGUUCGAUGACUGGAUAUACGCCUUACAACAAGGCUUAUGUUAACAGCACCAGUGGAAAGCUAGUGCAAUUUUCAGAAGUCUCCCGCGUCGCUUACUUGAUCAAAGAUGGGGAUAGAGUCAAUGGUCUGAGCAAGGGGUAUCCUGUAUUAUGGAGAGGCAACUUAACUGCUGUUGACAAAUUUAAUGACCGUUGCGAUGUGAUGGACAUAAAUGACACGGGCGUUGAGUGCCAGCUACAGAGGGAUGUAGCUGAGUAUGUUCAACUCUACGGUUUCGACGGAAAAGGCGACGGUAAGAAUCGAAACAAGCAGGACAAGACAUAUUUUCGUAACCAGACGCUGAACUGGCCACCCCUCAACAUAAAAGCGUUCUCUCUCCCUACCCCUUUUUACUGGAACUGGACGUUAUAUGGCACUGAUAAGUUUUCGAAAGAAGAUCUCAUUUCUCAUUCAAAUUAUUCAAAAUCGGCAUUUAUUGUUGAGGACGAGAUAUACAAUUUCAAAGAUGUCCAAGCUAGAGGAGUCUGUCAACCAAUAAAGAGUGGAGAAUCUAUCGAAUAUCAAUGGGGGUUUUCAUUUUUCCAGUUGUUUGUCAUGGUUAUCCUCCUUUACUUGUGGAGCAACAUUCUUUUUGUGUUAUGGAUAACCACACAAUUGACGCUGAUACAAAAUAACAUCGCAGCAUCUUCUGAAGCCUGGAAGGGCCUUCUUGAGCUGACGGAUAACAUCAAACAACAAAUGGCCUCUGUUGGCAUAAAUUGGGAAAACCUGACAGACAAAGAACUACAUCGCGAGAUGCAGCAUCUUCUCACAGGGGGUCCAGUCUCUACAUCUUCGGAGGAAUCUGAUCUAGAAAAUCCCUUGCCCCAAGGGCGGUCCAGCCUAUGA